AUGGCUGGUGCGAAGAUUCACUCUCUUUUGCUGCUUAUACUAUACCAUUGCUGUCAGAGAUGUAUCCCAUGUGGAAUUUCAACACAUGUUGAAAUAGCACAUAGAGCUCUGGAAUUUUUCAUUAAGCAUGAAGGCAGUGUUAAUUACAGACAGUUAUUACUAAACCACCAAGAUGCAUUUCAGGCUGGGAGCAUUUAUCCUGAUGCCUUUUAUUCUCCAAUCUGCAAACGUGGAAUAUUCCAUGGUGUGUCUGAAGACACUCAUUGGUCACCAUUUCUCAAAGCAAGUAUUGACUACAUCAGAAGGAAUUAUCCUCAGCCUUGGGAAGGGGCUACAGAGAAGCUGGUGGCUUUCCUGUUUGGAAUUGCCUCACAUAUGGUGGCAGAUAUUAGCUGGCAUAGCCUGGGCAUCGAUCAAGGAUUUCUAAAGGCCAUGGGAGAAAUUGAUUUUCAUGGUUCAUACUCAGAAGCUCACAGUGCUGGCGAUUUUGGAGGAGAUGUAGUGAGUCAGUUUGAGCUGGACUUCAGUUAUCUGGCAUCGAAUUGGUAUGUACCUGUCAAAGACCUAGCAUCUAUCUAUAAGGAAUUUUAUGGAGAAGAGAUCAUAACUGAAAGCACAAUUACUGACUGUACUUACCUGCUGUUUCUUGAACUGCAUGGAGAAAGGCUUGCUGUUGGCAAGCUUUUUCCAACAUAUGCUAGUAAAUCUCCAUUUCUGGUGGAGAAUUUACAUGAAUAUUUCCUUGGAGGAGUGGAUGACAUGGCGUUCUGGACAAACAAUAUUUUUGAGCUGACGAGCCACAUGCUAGAGAAUGGAACCAGUGGCUGCUACCUGCCUGAGAACCCUCUGUUUAUAAACUGCAAAGAGGAGCACAAGGACAACCACAUAAACAAGCAAUCAAAACAUGGACAUCACAAGAACAGAACUUCUUUGCUUACAGAAACGCUUGAGAAAAAUAUAAACUAUACAGAGAGAGGAGUUCACUUCAACAUACAGUCUUGGGCAACAAAUUCCCUCCGCUUGAUAAACCGUAUUGUCUGGAGAGCAUUGGCAGCUACACAGCAGAAAUCUUCUAAGAACAUCUUCAAGCCAGCAGCUUCGUAUUUUCUGACUUCUCCCUAUGCUAGACUUGGAUGGGCAAUGAUCUCAGCUGACCUAAACCAGGAUGGAUAUGAAGAUCUGGUGGUUGGAGCACCAGGGUACAGCACCAUGGGCCAUGUUCAGAUAGGACGGGUGUAUGUGGUCUAUGGCAACCAGUCAGGUUUGCCACCAGAGGACAUGGAUCUGGAUAGGAAAGCUGACCAAGUACUACAGGGUCAUCAGCUUUCAGGAAGAUUUGGUUCUGCCUUGGCAGUCCUGGACUUCAAUGAGGAUGGAGUGCCAGACCUAGCAAUUGGAGCACCUUCUGUGGGAUCUCAGUUUCUUACUUACAAAGGUGCUGUGUAUGUCUACUUCGGCACUGAGGGAAGAGGCUUGGCAUCUCAGCCAAAUGUUACCAUAACUUGUCAGUAUUCCUACUGUAAUCUUGGUUGGUCCCUCCUGGCAGCUGAUGUUGAUGGGGAUGGAAAUGCUGAUCUGGUGGUGGGCUCUCCAUAUGCACCUGGUGGUGGGCAGCAGAGAGGAUUUGUGGUUGCAUUUUACUCUUAUUUCAACAGGAGUGACCAAGGAACUCUGUCAGUACAGGAUGCCAACUGGAUGGUGGAGGGGGAAGAAAACUAUGCUUGGUUUGGAUUUUCGCUUGACAGCUGCCAGCUGGAGAACAUAACAUUACUACUGAUUGGUAGCCCUACAUGGAAGAGUUGUGCUAGCUGCAAUCCCUUCUCGUCAGAUGUCAGACAGAGUGUUGGGAAGGUGUACGGGUAUAACCCACCGAGCACAGAGCGCUGGUUUGCGGUAACUGGAGAGAAGGAGAUGGGCAGAAUGGGUUUGUCUCUGGCCAGUGGUGUGAUGUCUGUGGCGGGGACUGCAAGGAGAGUUUUGGUGGUGGGUGCACCUACUGCAGACAGUCUGUCUAGGAUGUCAUUUAUGUCCUCAGUGCUGCAUCAAGCUGGACUGGCUCUGGUAUAUGACCUGACAGACAGCACCAAGCCUGCUUUGCUCAGCACAUUCAGUGGGGACAGGAGGUUUUCUCGAUUUGGAGGAGAUGUAUACUUAAGUGAUCUGGAUAAUGAUGGACUAGAUGAAAUGAUUGUGACAUCCCCACUGCGAACCAACGGCAUCAUGAUGCUGUUUGGUGGGGCAGCUGGACGUGUUUACAUUUACAAUGGAAAGCAGGCAUCCUGGGGGAAUGUGACAGGCCACUGCAAAUCGUGGGUAUCUCCCUGUCCUGAGGACUGGGCACAGUAUGUCCUGAUUUCUCCUGAGGAACAAUCAAGAUUUGGGAGUUCUGUUAUCACUGUGAAAUCUGAAAGAAAGAAAGAAGUUGUAGUGGCAGCAGAGAGAAGUUCUGCGAAAGCUCGACUUGGUGGAAGGCUUUUUGUCUACUCGCUGUAA